AUGGCAGCUGCAACAACUGCAAGCCAAGCUAUAUGGUUACGACGAAUAUUAGCAGAUAUGGGCGAUGAACAAACUAAGCCGACGAUAAUCUAUUGCGAUAACAAGUCUGCAAUAGCAAUGGCGAAGAAUCUGGUUCAACACAGCCAAACUAAGCACAUAGCCAUCAAAAAUUGUCCUCUGUUGAAACUUGCUCCGCUCGAAGCAGUCCUGUUCGACAUUGAUGGCACAUUGUGCGAUACGGAUCCCCUGCAUUAUGAUGCUUUCCGCGAGAUGCUCCAAGAGAUUGGCUUCAACGGCGGUGUUCCGAUCGACGAGGACUUUUUCGUCAAGAAUAUUGCUGGGAGACACAAUGAAGAUAUCGCUUCCAUCCUUUUCCCAGAUGAUCACGAGAGAGGCGUCAAAUUUCUCGAUGAUAAGGAAGCCAUGUUCAGAAGGUUUUCUUACCGCGCAUUUUUUUUAAUUUUGAAUGGGAAUUACAGAAUAGUUAAGGAGAAAAUCGAACCGGUGAAGGGCUUACAUAAACUGACAAAAUGGAUCGAAGAUCGUGGGUUGAAACGAGCUGCUGUCACUAACGCUCCUAGAGAAAAUGCCGAGCUGAUGAUCUCACUUCUUGGACUGUCGGAUUUCUUUCAAGCUCUUAUUCUUGGAAGUGAUUGCGAACAUGCAAAACCUUUCCCAGAUCCCUAUUUAAAGGCACUUGAAAUACUCAACGUGUCCAAGGAGCACACAUGUGUAUUCGAGGAUUCAGUUUCAGGGAUAAAAGCUGGGGUUGCAGCGGGAUUGCCUACAGUGGGAUUGACGACUAGGAAUCCAGCAGAGCUACUUAUGGAAGCAAAGCCUGCUCUACUCAUCAAAGAUUACGAAGAUGCUAAACUAUGGACUGUUUUGGAUGAACUUGACAAAACGGCUUCGGUGAAAACAGGUGCAGAAUGAUUCGUACACAUGAUGAUUAAUAGCUUCCCAAUUUGGUAUAAAUGGAGCUUCACAAUUCAAACUGUGAAAAUAAAACCGAGUGUUCGUCGCUAGGAAAAUCCCGUUAGUGAUUUUUUUCGAAACAUAUGAUUCGGUCUCCACUUUUUUUUUUUUUGUUGGUUAUUGAACAGGAAAGGCAUCUACAUAUUUCUUUCCUAUUAUUUUUGUGUAUUGUCUUUAAGGAAAUCUGGAUGGUUUGCAAGAUAUUAGAAUUAAUAUUGUUGUAGGUCAAACUAGAUGAGCAUGUUCAUUCCUGCUUAUUUCUAAAAUUAUGGAAUUAUC